ACUGCCAUCUAAUCCACGAGCUGGUGGCUGCUAUUGCUGAAUUUAACAUCUUCAGUGAGUGCCUGAGUGUCGAUCUCAAAGCUUCUCUGCCGCACGAUAUUUGAAGCUUUUCCACUCGGGAUUUUCCUGUGUUUGCUCUUCGUGCAAAUUCAACAAUCCGAAAAGGAUUCUCAGAACCAUUUUUGUGUCCUUGGGAUAAUUGCCAGGGUGGAAAGUGAAAUCCCACGGAAGGAUCGGAUAGAAUUUCAUCGGUGUGCUCAGUUGGAUUUUCCUCUGAGGAAAAAUCGCAGUGAAUCAGUGAACAGCCAAAAAAAACCCUUGAAAAUAAUUUUUCGUUCUAGUAAUGUGAAAAACGUGCAAUUGUUCAAGUAUAAUCAAAAAGACAGAUUUUCCUCAUAUUUUGUGACUAUGGAACAGGAAAUUUACGAUUCAAUAUUAUUAUUAGCCGCAUUAGCAGUCAAGUUCAAAAGCAUAAGAUUUGGUUGAAGCGGAAGAAGGCGGAAUAUUGUGAUAAAAUCGUUUUCUUUUUUCUCUCAACCAGAAGCCUCUGUGAACAGAAAAAAAAAUCAGUGGGGGUAUAGUCCUAAAGGUCAAAAAAGAGAAAUAAGUUUUUGUGAUAGAACCCUAAGCACCAUGUCCACUUCAUCUCUUGGACGGGAUGAACGAAAGCCUAUUAUGGAGGCCUUCAUGUUCCAGAGAAGAGUCCUCCUGGGCUGUACAGUCACCAUAGGACUCUUCUCUAUCAUCUGGAUCGUGGCCAUUGCCUCGGAGCACUGGUUCAUAGUCUCCGGAGGAAGAGGAAUCUUCAUCCCAGAAACAAGAAGAUACUUCAUUUCAUCCCAUGCAGGACUCUGGAGAAUAUGUCGAUAUGGUCUGGUACCUUUUGUCCUGGCCAAUUCCACAGCAUCACGCAAUUUUACAACAUUAGCCUUCGUGAAUGCGACCCAGGUCAAUCAGCUCAAAAAGACAAUCGCCCAGACAGAUUUUGUGGAACAGAUGCUGAGUGAGGAACUUCCAGAUCCCAUCACAGAGAUUGACGAUAACCUGAGGAGGCAUCUCUUUGCCCAAUGGGUCAGCAAUGAGAAGCAGAAUUUCAACAUCCUCAAGACGAUAUUCAAGACUCUCGAAUUCAAUGGGACAGAAGAUGGUCAUCCAGUUUCGAAGACUCGUGCCAUGAUGAUGCUGAAUCCCACGAAUGUGUCAGCACUCAAGGAAACCAUUGGAGGAGCUCUGUCGCCCGUUCAGGUGAAUGGGAGCUAUGUGAAUGUAAUUGUUCCGGAGAGAUUGAGGAAUGCCCUGUACGAUGGAUGGGAAGAUACUCCCAAAGUUAUUCACUUGCUCUGGUCCUUUGCCAAAGAUAUGGAAAUUCCAAUUGGAAUGAUAAGUCCAAAUGGGACAAAACUGAUCAUCAGACCACCGCUUCCGCCCAAAAAAGGAAAGAUUGACAAUGGCUACGAAUAUAUUCCUUUCAAACGCUGCAAAUAUCUGGACUUUUCAUCAGUUGAGGAUGAUCCCGCAGAUCCUGCUCUGGAUGAUGAACUAAUCAAUUACACAAGAACGCAGGCCACUUUUGCCAUACUAACACUCCUCAUCAUGUUUAUGGGAUUCUUCUUCUCAAUCUACACUUUUCUCAAUCCUCGCUACAUGUUCAAGCGUCUGGCAGGUGGAAUUCACUUUAUAUCGGCGGCAACCGGUCUCGUUGUUAUUCAGGUGUUGGCGGCUUCCAUUGAAUAUCAAAAGGAACAUCUCGCUUACACUUUCCCAAGAGGCGCCACUUACACAUUUGGAUAUGGUAUCUACCUGGCGUGGAUCUGCUUUGCUGUUAAUCUCGUAUCGGCAAUUCUGUUCUUCUGGUACUCGAAGAAGAAGAAAGGCUCCAAGGCGCCUACCGACGAAAUGGGAAUGGCUGAUGAACCCAUCAAUAUUGGACGAUAGUUUCUGGAUUUACUUUUUAUUGCCCGAAUUUUAGUGCACAGAAAACCUAUUUUUAUCUGUUGAAAAAUGUCUUCACUUUGUUCUGUUAUAACGGCUCUCUUUUGAAUAAAGGUCACUGAACGAAAA